GUGUGUGUGUGUGUCAGGGCUUAUCGUUCACUUCUCCAUCAGACACUGGGCGUUCGAACCCCUCUCCGCAACCGCAUGACUCAGUGAGCGAACUCCUCCAGUCCCCCGGCGCUGAGCCCCGAUGCUCUCGCUGUGACUCGUCAUCUCUCCUCGUCUGCUUCUCAGUGCUCGCUCCGCUCGUCAUGGACAUCGGAGGCUUGACCACGGUGGUGGCCAACUCGGCGUACAUCUCGGCACGCGGGAGUUUCGACGGAUCCGCAAACCCGGCGGCCAACCGGGACAAGAAGUACCACGCCAAGCUGAAGCUGCCGCACAUCACGGUGUGCGAAGACCUGCGGGAAACGCUGGACCUGCAGUUCCAGAGCAUCUGCGUGGAGCAGCCGAUCGGCAAGCGCCUGUUUCAGGAGUACCUGGAGUCCACCAACGAGUACAAGGGCCCGAGCCGCCUCUGGAAGGACGUGGAGGCGUACGACACGGCCGAGGAUAAAGACCGGGCUCAGAAAGCCGGGAAAAUCCUCCAGCGCUACAUGGAGCCGUCGGCUAAGCUCUUCUGCCCGUUUCUCCCGGAGAACAGCAUCACGAAGGUGAAGGAGCGGCACCAGGAGGCGGCGGACGACCUGUUCGUGGAGAUCUCGGCGUGCGUGUUCGACUUCCUCAAAGAGGUUCCCUUCACGUUCUACCUGGAGACCAUGUACUUUAAGCGCUUCUUGCAGUGGAAGUGGCUGGAGAUGCAGCCGAUCGGAGAGGACUGGUUCCUGGACUUCCGGGUUCUGGGAAAGGGAGGAUUCGGAGAGGUGUCCGCCUGUCAGAUGAAGGGCACCGGGAAGCUGUACGCCUGCAAGAAGCUCAACAAGAAGAGGCUGAAGAAGAGGAAAGGCUAUGAGGGAGCGAUGGUGGAGAAACGGAUCCUGGCUCGAGUUCACAGUCGGUUCAUCGUGUCUCUGGCGUACGCCUUUCAGACCAAAACUGAGCUCUGUCUGGUGAUGACCAUCAUGAACGGAGGAGACCUGAGGUACCACAUCUAUAACGUGGAUGAGAAUAACCCCGGGUUCUCGGAGGCCAGAGCGUGUUAUUACUCGGCUCAGAUCAUCCAGGGAAUGGAGCAUCUCCACCAGAAGAGGAUCAUCUACCGAGACCUGAAGCCGGAGAACGUCCUGCUGGACAACGAAGGGAACGUCAGGAUCUCUGAUCUGGGAUUGGCUGUGGAACUCGCGGACGGCCAGGAGAAGAUCAAAGGUUACGCUGGGACUCCAGGGUUCAUGGCCCCGGAGCUGCUGAAGGGGGAGGAGUAUGAUUACUCCGUGGAUUACUUCACUCUCGGGGUCACGCUGUUCGAGUUCAUCGCCGCUAAAGGACCGUUCAGGACUCGAGGAGAGAAGGUGGAGAAUAAAGAGGUGAAGAAGCGGAUCCUGAACGACCCCGUGACCUACCCGGAGACGUUCAGCGAGAACGCCAAGUCCAUCUGUGAGGGGUUACUGGCUAAAGAAGUGGACAAGAGACUGGGCUUCAAGAACAACUCGUGUGACGAACUGCGCACUCAUCCGUUCUUCAGCGAAAUCAACUGGAGGAAACUCGACGCAGGGAUUCUUCCUCCUCCGUUCGUCCCGGAUUCGAAGACGGUUUACGCCAAAGAUCUGGACGACGUGGGCGCGUUCUCCACGGUGAAGGGGGUCGGCCUGGAGGACGACGACAAGAGCUUCUUCGACGAGUUCGCGUCGGGAAACAUCUCGAUCCCGUGGCAGGAGGAGAUGAUCGAGACGGGCGUGUUCGGCGAGCUCAACCUGUGGGGUCCGAACGGGACGGUGCCGAACGACCUGCGCCGAGAGUCCAUCCUGGAGCAGCCGCCCAAAUCCUCCACCUGCAGCGUCUCAUAAUCACACACACACACACACACACACACACACACACCUGUAGUGUCUCAUAAUCACACACACACACACACACACACGCACUUCAGCUGCAGCGUCUCUAUUAUUAUUAUUAUUAUUGUUUAUUGAGUUUAUUGAACUGUCCGUUAAGUUCAAGCACUCGUGAGUUCACACACACACACACACACACUAUUCUGUGUUCGAGCGUUAGGCUUUUAAACACAACCCAAUAUCUGAGAAUAAAGAGGGAAACGCUUUGCUGUCGUCCUUUAGAUCAGAGAGUAAUAACAACUGACCGUGAACACUGUAUGAGUGACAUCGUUCUGUGAUCUGAAGCUCAUGUGUGUGUUUGUGUUUACAGUCGAUAACGUGUUCAAAAGCAAGAAUAUAGAAUAUUGCAGUGAAUAAUUCAAUGCUUCUCUAAUUGAUGCUUUGAAUCCUUCUUUCCUGAACUGGUCUAGUGAAGAGUUCCAAUUGCUAUAAUUAAUGCCUUGAUUGAUUGUGACUGUGUUUUAUGAGACCGGUCGUCUCAUAGUGUCGGCCCACAUCUGGCCCCUGUUUGACCUGCAUGUUUCGGAUCUGGGCCGGAUGUGGGCCGCCACUAUGCUUCUGUCUGUGCAUGAAUCGCUUUGGAAACCCGAGUUUCUUCAUGUAAAAAGCUGUAAAUGUCUAUAGGUUGCAUUGAUUAUUGAAGUACUUCUGAAUAAUAUAAUAGUUGUCAUAAUUAUGAUUUCAAAUAAAUGUUUUACCAUAAAUACA